UAUUUUUUUAUAUUUGGGUUUUCGUCAACCUCUCCUCCACAGUGAAGAGAAAAGAAAGAAGAGAGGAGAGGGAAGAAGACAGAGAAGAAAAGAGGGAAGAAGUUGGCUGUCCAGAGAGACUGAUGCGACGCACGUCGGCGCAUUUUAGUGCAGAGGAUCUUUUUGCUUUUAUGCACUUGCCAUUAGGCGGCAUUGGCUUCCAUUUUUGUUGAUGGAUUGAUGCUUCCCUAAUCUACACUUUUUCUCUCAUGAAUUUCGCUUCGUUCCUACGGCACACCAUUGGAGAGAACAUUAAUUGCAAAAGCAAGGCACAAUCGCCUAUCGGGAUUUGGAAUUGCUUCUCCUCUUCGUGUAAGUUUUGUUUUUCGCCCCAAUUCUGGCGGACCUUCGAGGAACCCUAGCGUUCCUCCUUUCGUCCGACUGCUACGGCAUCAAGUUUACGAGAAAGAGACGGCGGUUGUUCCAAAGAGGAGCGAAAAUGCUGUGGGUAAUGAGAUUUUCGGGGUUUUUCUCGGCGGCAAUGGUGAUGAUUGUGCUCUCCCCGUCGCUUCAGUCCUUCCCGCCGGCGGAGGCAAUUAGGUCUUCUGACGUUGAUUCGUAUCGCAGGCUUCCCAAGUCCUCCUCAAAUCCCAUGGGCAAACUCCCCUUCCGAAGAGCUCCGUCAUUCCGCAAUGCCGAUGAAUGCCGCUCAUCGGAAUUAGGAAAGUCCAGCGUCUGCGAUCCAUCUCUAGUUCAUGUGGCGAUUACUCUCGACGGUGAAUAUCUGCGGGGCUCAAUCGCCGCUGUUCAUUCCAUCCUCCAGCAUUCCAAGUGUCCAGAAAGUGUGUUCUUCCAUUUCCUGGUCUCGGAUAAUGGCUUUGAAGCCCUAGUCCGAUCCACUUUUCCGGAAUUGAAGUUUAAAGUGUAUUAUUUCGAUCCUGAAAUAGUCCGUGGUCUGAUUUCAAGCUCAGUCAGGCAGGCACUCGAGCAACCAUUAAAUUACGCUCGAAAUUAUCUAGCGGAUCUCCUUGAAAGUUGCGUUACAAGGGUGAUCUACUUGGAUUCAGAUCUGGUUGUGGUCGAUGAUAUCAAAAAGCUUUGGAGCACAAAAUUAGGGAGCAAAACAAUCGGCGCUCCGGAAUAUUGCCACGCCAAUUUCACAAAAUAUUUCACUGAACAUUUCUGGACGAAUUCCGUCUUCUCAGGCGUAUUUUCAGGACGGAAUCCGUGCUAUUUCAACACUGGUGUGAUGGUUAUAGAUCUAGCCAAAUGGAGGCGGUUCAAAUACACGCGCCGCAUUGAGCAGUGGAUGGAGAUACAGAAAACAAGCCCUAACCGCAUCUACGAGCUCGGUUCGCUGCCGCCAUUUCUGCUGGUGUUCGCCGGACGAGUGGCUCCAAUCGAACAUAGGUGGAAUCAACAUGGAUUGGGUGGGGAUAAUGUGCGGGGGAGCUGCAGAGACCUUCACCCUGGUCCAGUAAGCCUGCUGCACUGGAGUGGCAGCGGCAAGCCAUGGCUGCGGCUUGACUCAAGGCAACCGUGUCCACUCGACUCCUUGUGGGCGCCCUUCGAUCUAUACGGGCAGUCGACAUGAAAGUUUUUGGCUUCCCCCCUCUGUAAAAGCAACAGCCUUUCUCACGCAGGUAAAUUCUUCCGGUGAUUGUUCCUUGUUAAUUUUGCUCAUAAUUCUUAUUUCUUCAACAUUGUCCAUUGUUAUUUUUUUCUUCUCUGAUUAUAUAUAUUUUUUGGCUUAAUUAUUCAUUCCUUCUUCGAAACCUUUGUCUAUGUCCGACGAUUGACUCAUUAUCUUAAUUUGUAUUCUAUUCUAUUAUUCUCUUCUGAAAAUUAUAAAGAAAAAGUAGAAGGAUCAUUUUCCUUUUUGUGGUUUUAUACCUGGCAUUUGUUCCUGCUUUUCUGUUGUGUCUGAUUGGAGUUGGACUAAUUCCAGAACUGUAAUUGAGAUUUUGAGCCAUGGCCAAUUAUUAAAGAAUUUUCCUCUGAAUUCCGCAGAACGAAUUUAAACGUAUAAAACUACUCUGGCUUUUCCUGCCAGUUUGCAUUAGUUUAGCAAUUCAAUGUGCAUUUUCUGAUCAUGGGAUAUAUCUUCAACUUCUUGAAUUGAUAUCUUUAUGUGUGCUAUAAGUAUUAUUGUACAUUUAUAUAAUCGAUACUACUUGCCGAAGCUAUCUGGACAGCUGGAUUGUCGGGCAUCUAAUAAGAGACUUUCGUUGAGGAGGAACAGUAGAAUUUUUAUGUGUAGAAAGCUUUCUUUAAUCUUACCCCUUCAAGAUUCUAAGGAUGGGCGGAUUUUGGUUUGAUAUUGUGGAAAAGGGAACUCAACGUGCAAAUGGAAUAGGAUAUAUGUCAUGUUUGUGGGAAGGUUGGUGUUCUUUUGUUGGUUAUGAAUGGGAAGUAUGGUCUCUCCCCCACUAAGGUUGAAUACCAUUCUCCUAGCUGGAUGAGACUUUUUGAAGUAUACUUGUUUUUAUAGCAAGAAGACACCGCCCCACUUGGACGUUGAGAUUCUUUGUAACAGCACACUUUGUGUUGUUUUCUUGAAAAGAAUUUGUGUCAUCAUGCUUACUUCUCCAGAGUUAUGCUUGACUGCUAGCUAGAUUUUUUUAAGUUGUAAUGAUUUCUGGAUCAAAGAUAAUUCAGUGCUCAAUAGAUUGUGGUAUUUGGU